AACACUCUCCACGCUUGGCUGUAUACCUGCUGGCGCUACCAUUCCACACUACACGACAGAGCGCGUGCACACACACACAGACCCCGCAUGCCGCCGACCGACUGAACUGACUGCCGAAGGCUAGUGUUGGUGGUGAUUGUGCAACAACGACAAGGGUGAAGCGACAUCAGCAUAGCACAGCAGCAAAGCAAAGCAACACAGCCAGCUGCUUUGGACGAUCCUUCGUUCGGGUCGGUCGUUCAGUCUUCGGCGCGAAUGCAAUGCAAUCGGACGGGUCCGGGCGAGUGUGUAAGAGUAGUGUCGACGAAGGGAAUUCGCUGCCCGCGUGACGACUACGACGAAUGCGACUGGAAACGAUACGGUCCGGAGUGUAAUAUGUUAAGACGUGUCCUGGCAUAGUGAGCCCCCUCCGGUGAAGCACGGCGACGACGAGUAGACCGGAAGUGCCGGUUGUGUGUGUCGGCGGGAAAUUUAUAAGAGUGCUGUUUCAAUUUGUGAGCGAAUGAAGCGAGUGGAUGUGAAGUGAAAAUUCCCGUUUUUUUGUCACUGUGUGGAAAACGUGCCGCUCGCUACUCCACUACUGCCGCAAGGUCGGCAAACCCGCGGUACCUACCAUUCAACCGGAGUGUAAUUCUUGCCUGCUCGUGGAAAACGGAAGAAAAGCGGUCUGUUUUGUGUGGAGCCGGCCGGAUGAAUAGUUGCCUCAUGUGUUAGCGAAAAGAAGAGGGCAAUUUUCCGAGCCAGCAACCGUUCGAAUUUAGUGAGUCCCACACGACGAUAGUGAACGUGGUCAGGGUUGGUACGGGUAAAAGUGAAGUUUCCUCUCAAUUUCAUCAAUGUUCUCGGCUUGUGCCGUUUUGUAACUACCGACAGCGACGACGACGACGACGACGACGACGGCGUCGACGGUUCAGGCGGUAUCAGAAGGCAGCAAGAAGCUCGUAUAGUAAAAAGUCAGUGCUUUGUGCGAUAUACGGUGCAGUUUGCACUGCAACGGUAAAUGGGAGAAGAAUAGCCAGUGUAAUUAAAAAUUUAUUGAAAAAAUCUUAAUUAGAAAACACCAGUAGUGGAAGUGUGCAAAGUGAAAUUAUUUGUCCGGAAAAGGUUUGGGGACAUACGAGGGAAAAACUACAUAUAGCAAGUGACGACGUGUGAGCCGGUUGGAGCUGCUUUCUCGAAACGUGAUUCCCGUUCUGCGGAAGUCAAUAUCAUCACAACAGCAUCAGCAGCAGCAGCAGCAGCAACAGAAUCAGGAGUAGCAGCAACAGCACCAGGAACAAAACGAUUGUUCCUUUUUUUCAUCUCAGGCACCGUCAGCACCGCCGCAGCACAGAUCCACACUGGCUGCCACUACCAGCGCCCGUCAAGACUCUGUGUACUGACGUAGGACGCAAUACCGUCAACCCACCCGGCCGCCAUUACAGCAGCGAUUGUGGCAACGCAACGGUGGCUGAACCAUUCAUUAUUGUUUCGCUCUCUGAUGUAUUGUUACUUUACGGGACCGAGAUUGUGUUCCGUUCGUACACGUGCACAUAACUCUUUUCCCGGAACGUGGGCGGCGGCGGCGGUAUAUCCUGAUUUCUUUUUUUGCGACGUCCCAUUCAACAGACGACGGUUCCUUCGCGUGUCUAGCACACAUACAAGCGAGUGUAAAGCGACUUCCAAUGAGUGAAUGAAGCCAACCUUUGACUCUGUGGCAGCGCAGGAAACAGCGAUACGACAGAGCUUAAACCUUUAUUCAGAACCAGAAGCGUGGAAGCAAAGGCAGAUAACAUGAGCACAAAUAAAGUUACACUGUUUCAAUUAUUUAUUAUCGUGCUCUCAGUUGCAGCUGUAAUUGGCUCCAAAGUGAAUAAAGAACGCCAGUUGAGACAACAGCAGAAGCAACUGGGUGGCACCGCAACGGCCACCAACGGUGCAGAAAAAGGCCACCAAAGCGAUGCCACUGCCGGUCAGGAUCCUAUCGAUUUCGGUUAUAUUUCCGAUUCACAGGGACUUCCUACCAGAUUCGGUGAUGAGGACGAUGUGAUAUUUGCGAAGAAGCGCAACGAAACCGGAGCGGUUGCCAACCUGCAUGCUUCGUUCCUGCCGGGUACAGGUGGCACCGUUAACGGUCAGUCCGGUUCUUCGGUAGCCAACGUGAAACCCCCCUUGGGGCACGGUAAUGACUACGACUACGACUACGAGGAAGAAGAACUGGACCAUCCGGAGGAGAACGAUAGCCGCGAUAAGGAUAACGGAGGCGGUGGCGGCAGCGCCCAUAAUCACGAUCUCGGAGAUUACACCGAUGGCUUCGAUACGGAUGCCAUCGAUCAGAUAGAGAGUUUUGGCGAGGGAAGUGACACGACCAGUUCGCUUCCGGUGUUUCUGCUGGAACCGCAGAGCACGUAUGUGAUAAAAAACCGGCCGGCGGUGCUGCAGUGCAAGGCGUCCCAUGCGUUUCAGAUCUCGUUCAAAUGCAGCGGCGGCAACAAGCCCCCACUGACGACGCAUGAGACGCACGUGGAUCCCCACACCGGGGUCCAGCUGCUGGAGGCCACCACCACCAUCACCCGGGAGCUGGUCGACGAGUUCUUCGGCCGGGGUCCGUUCAAGUGCGACUGCCGUGCCCGGUCGUCGCGAGGUGUCGUCCGGACCCAACCGGCCACCAUCCAAGUUGCAUAUAUCAAGCGGCAGAUCAGCAUCACGCCAAAGACGGUACGCGUCGAGCUGGGUGGCCGGGUGGAGAUCAUCUGCAACGUGAACGCUACCCCAGUUGCCAAGAUCAGUUGGCACAAGAACGGCGUUCCCCUGGUUGCCAAUCCACCGGUGGUGAUCACCGUCGAGGAUAAGGUGCUGAUCGCACACGUCACCAUGCAGGACAUGGCCAAUUAUACAUGUGUAGCAGAGAACAUUGCCGGCAAGCGUGUUUCGGAUCCCGUCAGCUUCACUGUCUACGUUGACGGCGGCUGGAGCUCCUGGGGACCUUGGACCGAUUGCAAAUGUCCCGGCCAACCGAAGCAAGGUCAGAAGCGGGCCCGCAUGUGCAACAAUCCGCUGCCGCUGAACAGUGGCGCCCCCUGCGUCGGCCACAACACCGAAACCACUCCGGACUGUUUGCCCUGCACAGCCGGCCGCUGGUCGCCCUGGUCCGAGUGGAGUGAGUGUGGCCCAGACUGUACCCAGACGCGGCAACGGGCCUGCAUCGGCGGACCCAUCAUGGCGUCGUCCUCGGCUGCAGCCGCCCUGGUGGCCAAUUCGACCGGCAGCAACGACAAACAAUCACCGUACGACUCUAGCACCAUCAACUGCGUCGGCAAGAGUCUCCAAUCGGCCAAAUGCUCCGGCGGGACGUGCAACUACAGCGUUGAAGGUUCCAAAUGGGAAAUCUAUGUUGGUUUGGCGCUUAUGGCGGCGGUUUUUAUUGCGAUUGGUGCUGGAGUAACGCGAUUCGCUCGACGGAAGAAAACCAUUCCUGCGUACAAUCUUGCCAGAUCAGAAAUGCCAUCCGAGUACUUCCCUACCGAGAGCAAGAAAUUAACCCAUUUUCAGCCCGAUUUGACGCAGAAUACAGUGGCCAUUAAUUACGAAUAUCCCCUAACACCGCACCACGUCACCGCAAGUCAGCCAACGUCUCAGCAUCAUCUCCUGCAGCAUCAACAGCAACAGCAGCAGCAGCAGCAGCAAUCACAACACCACGGAAUGCUAACCGGGCAGCAGUCGCAUCCUGGUGGCGGAUCACAUCACCAGAACAACUCGCUGAAAAACUCGGUCCCGUUUCCUCGGUCCAACUCCGAGCAUCACUACGAUGUGCCACAUCUAUGCAAUAACUACAUGUACCCGCUAGACAAAAUCAGCAUCAAUGAAUCAUACUCAUCGUCCAGCUAUUCGAAGCGUGUCUGCAGCGUAGAAUCUCUGGCCACCUCGACCAACACAUCGGGUGAAUCGAACUACGACCAUGCUGUCGUAGCUAAUUCAUCGCAUCCGGCGGCAGGAACCCCAGCCGAACAGCCUGCAGCGAGCUUCCAGGGCACCGACUACACCCAAAUGACGCUCACGCUGGCCGGUGCACUGAUGCGACUGAAUACCUACUCGGUGGCCUUGCUGGUUCCGGAAGGAGCCGUUUCCAAGCACCAAAAGCAAAGCAUCGUGCUGUCCAUUGUGAAAGACGACAAAUUCUCCAUACAGAGCCAGGGCUCGAAAAUCACCUGCCUGAGUCCGGUGGUGUUCUGCGGCCCUCCGGAUAUUAAAAUUCUCAAACCGAUUGUACUGAAGGUGCCUCACUGUGCGGAGAACCUGUCCAACUGGCAGUUUUCGCUGUACUACUCGCCCGAUAGUGCUACCCGGUGGAACGAGGUGGUAACCCUUGGAAAGGAGAACAUCAACACGCCGGCCUUCGUACAAAUUGAUAAGAAAUACGCGUACGUAUUGACAGAGGCCUUCGGAAAAUAUGUACUUGUUGGAGAAUCUGCCAACGACAUUCAGGAACGAGUGGCCUGCAAAAAGUUGCGAAUGUUCAUCUGCGGACCCUCGACGGUGCCGGAGUUUUCCGACGUCAGUAUACGAAUCUACAUUGUGGAGGAUAAUCCGGGAGCGGAGGAACGGUGUCGAUACUGUGAGCAGGAGAUUGGGGGUGUCGUGCUGGGGAAAAGUUCGGUGCUGUUUUUCUCCGACAAUAGUCAAGAUCUGUGUAUAGAUAUAAGAUGUGUUGGAGGUUGGAAAUCCAAGCCGUUCGGAGAUCGGCAGGUGAUUCCAUUCUCACAUGUAUGGAACAACAGCAAUUCCACGCUGCACUGCAGUUUUACGUUGAGUCGAACAGAGCACGACAAGUGUGACUUCAAGAUUGACGUACAAGCGAUCCAGGAAAACAGUGGAUUCAGUGUGGCACCUUCUUGUCUGAGCAUCUCAUCGUUUACCCCUCUCUCGAAGGAUGGCACCAAUUGUCAGCAUUCGUCUAGUUCCUUCGAAACGAUGACCAUCUGCAGCGUGGGAUCGAAUUCUGCGAACGGCGAGCACAACGUAAUAAACACCGACAAGUUUCGCCUCACGAAACUGGUGAAGAAGAAAUUAUGCAAAUGCUUGGAUCCACCUACGCAGAAGGGCAACGAUUGGCGCAUGCUGGCGGCUCAUCUCAACGUCGAUCGCUAUCUGGCCUACUUCGCUACCAAGCCGUCUCCCACCGACCAGAUCCUGGACCUGUGGGAGUGCCGAAAUCGGGAUUUGAAUGCCCUCUGCAAUCUGAUUGAGAUCUGCCGGAAUAUGGGCCGUCACGACGCCGUUAGCAUAUUGCAGGAAAUUCAAGCGCCUUCCUGGUUGUAGAUAGCAAGUGUGUGAUAAGCCGCGAUCUGAACAUACGUAAAACUCGGAAUUUUGGUUAUACGUUCAAGGAUAGAUGAUUAUUUUUCUUCUGAAGUUUGUUUUGAGUUUGGAAAACAAAACUAGAAAAUGCUGCUUAAUUUGUAGUUGAUUGGCCAAUCAAACCGACAGCUCUGACAGCUGCAUAGCAAAAUCACAACGUGGGUGAUCGACACGUGACCGGUUGCAUAGUUCGUUUAAAGAGCGGUUGUUGGCUGCACCGCGAGCAUCAAAAGCCCGGUAGCCGGUAGUCUAUUAUCGAUGCAAAUAUAAGCUUAGGAUCCGAUCACUGAAAGCCAACCGCUGCUGCAAGAUGCAUUUUCACACACGCGCACGUAUAUAGGUCAAGUCAAUCUUUAUGAAUAUUUAUAAAUCAUUAUCUCUAUCGGAGCAAGUUUCUAUUUUCCCCUUUUGCGCCAUCCUAGAAGGGUAGUUCAUUCAGUAGCGCAAUAUAAUAAAACGUUUCUCUUAGCAUUAGUGGCAUGGUGUAACGAAAUCGGCGCACAACGAGAAAAAACGUGCUAAUAUUAUGGCCAUCGAUAACCAACUGUGCUCGGGGUUCGCUUUCAGUGUGCCAACGAUUCCUGCUAAACCAUUACCACAUACCAGCUAACGAGAGCACUGCGCUAGAGGCUGGCAGUUGAGCUCGCAGAAGCAUCGUCUGUUAUUAUUUAAAUUAUUAUUUUGCUCAAUGAUUUUUACGCUGCUACAAGGGAAUGGUUGUGCAACAGAGUUUAACAGAGACCCUAAACAGCAGAGCCCGAUUUUGUUUCAAUCGAACCGAUCGAAACCCAGUGGCGACCGAAGUUUUAGCCGGUAAUUUCAAUAACUGUUGGCCGUUUUCAAUCAUGGUUUCACAAAUCGAAUUUAAUGCCUUUUGCUCGGUCCGAUCAGCUCCUGUCGGCGGUCCAAGAUAAUACCAGGCGCGUACGUCGAAAUAAAACACACAACUUCCAAUCGAAAAAAUGGCCUUUGGCAUCCGGACCGCACCGCUGCGCCGUUCACAAUAGUGUGGCUACUACCUAUCAUCAUUAUUACUAUUAGCAGCUGAAUGAAACUUUGCUCGAUCGUUGGAUGAAAUAUGGCCGAAGUCAAUUGAACGUUGAUGGUUGGAAUUGAUUUUAUAUUGUAAAAUUUACAAUUCUCCGAUCGACGACAGGCUACGUCUAGAAUGUACCUAUUGAGUAUGACCAAAUCGACACG